GGGCUAUGGCGAUAAGCGCUCCAAGAGUACUCCUGACAUCAAACCACAUUCUAGGGUUAUCACGCUUCUUGCCGACAACAUUCAUCGCCCUCUUACAGUCAGUGCUCGCUCGCGUUCAAGUUCCAUUUUUCACUUUUCGCGCUAUUGUUUCAUAUUUCGCAGAGUCAUCGUGUAUUGGCCUUGCGCUGUGCAUUUCAACCAUUGGCAUUGACAGGCCUCGUUAUUACCAGGCAUUUUCUCAUUGACAGGAUCCUUGGCAGGCUCCACGAUACACGCUUUCCUCGCGAGGUCUGAAUCCCUCUAUUCAUUUCCAAAUCAGCAUCUGGUUUUAUAAAUUUCAAGUCUCCCAUCGAUAGAUCUGCUGCGCAUCCCAAUCAUCACUCAGCCUCUGAGGCCGCUCACUGACAUUGGCCGAUUGUCCACUGCUUCCUCGAGGCUCGCGAAUCUCUAUACGCACUUCAGUUCAUCCGAUACCCACCACCUAAGCACUACAUUGUUCUAUCUGGCUCUUGUCCAAACUUUGACUGUCCCAAAUCAUGGCCCUGCUCGGCCUCCCUCCAAUUCCGCCACAACUCAAGCCCUUGAUCCCAUACCUCCAACGAGCAGAUGAACUCAAAGUACAGGAUCCUAUAAUAGCCUACUGGUGCGCUUACCAUGCAGCACAGAUAGGAAUCAGCCUCAAAGUGAAGGAACCCGCAGCUCGCCAUUUCCUCUUUGAGCUCCUUGGUACCCUCGAACAUAUGAAGAAGGAGAUUGGUCCCAAUGAUGCUAUUGAGGAGGAGAGCGCGAGCAGCGCUUAUGUCGAGAACUUCGCUUUGAAGGUAUUCGCGAUUGCUGACAAUGAAGACCGUGCUGGAAGGGCGACGAGAGCAACUGCCAAGAAGUUCCUCGCAGCAGCCAACUUCCUCGAAGUCCUCUCCGUCUUUGGCCCCAGCUCCGGCACGUCCGUAGCCUCAGACAGUACUAACGCCGAGAAGAUACUCUACGCCAAAUGGAAAGCCGCAGACAUUGCUAAAGCAUAUCGCGAGGGUAGGAAGCCUACACCAGGUCCGGCCAAUGCAGUCGAAGAGCUCCCCCCUCCAGACGCCUUUGAACCAGUCGUCCCACUCACGCCUUCGACACCACCACCUUCAGUACCCUCCGGGACUUCAGGGUCACCGCCUUCGAUUGUCCGGAGUACGCCGCCACCACCACAUUUGACUAAUAUCCCUUCAUCUGGCUUCAGUGGGAGUCCUCCACGCUCGGGUAACCAUUUAUUACCUGGUGGAUUAACACAUGUAGACCUGAAGAGUCCGGGAAGUUGGAGUACGAUGGCUACGCCUGGUACUCCUGAUAGGCGGUUUGAGGACGAUAUCCAGCCAUCGAAAAGGACUGCUUUCGUGAGCGAUGCAGAUGAAGAGGAGGCACCUAGUGUUGCACCUCUGCCAACUGGAACGGGAGGCGUUUCUCCUACACUUUCCUCGAGGAGUAUAGAUACUACAGAUACUGAGGGACGCAAAGUGCGGUUCUCGCCCUCGGUGACGGCUGGAUUGUCUUCUGCUACGACUACGCCGUCCGUUGAUGAGCCAUUCAAUGUGCGUGUCAUUGUCAACCCGCCUGAGGCGAAUGUACCGAGUGCACCAUCUGCGCCUCCGACAGAAGCAUUUCCAUCCGGAUUCAUGCCAACAUCGAUUUAUCCCAGUGCACCCUCUGCACCUCCUCCACCACAUUCAUAUGCUCCACCGCCACCACCUUCACAACCUGCACACACAUACGUUUCUCCCCCUCCACCCUCUCAACAACAUUACGCUCCAGCUACAAUCCCUAACGUCCCUCAACUUCCUCAACAAGCAACCGUGACGCCGGUUGAGUUGACUCCGCUUGUGAUAGCGAAGACACAGAAACAUUGUAGGUUUGCUAUUUCAGCCCUGGAUUAUGAGGAUGCGGAGACUGCGAGGAAAGAGUUGAGAGCUGCUUUGGCUUUGCUUGGCGGGUGAAUACUAAUAGUUCGGAUGGUACUGUAAAUGUUCAUUGUAGGUUGGAGGAUGUGUAUGAUGCUUGGCAGGCGCUUUGGAUUGUACUUCGUUACCAUACGUCUGCUCAUGUUAUUUCUUGGAAUAGUCAAUUUCUUGAUACUGUCAUUAAUCUGGAACCCUGAGCUCGAAUAGAUCGUGUGCCUGAAGUCC